AUGACAAAUCGGGAUAAAAAGAUUAAUCUAAAUAUUCAAAAUCUAAUCAGUCCUGCGAGUGAAAUUACUAAGGUACGAUGGGAUGCGACCAAGUUGAUUUUUCCAUACUUUCAAAAUCAAAAUUCGGUUGUGAUGAAGAGUCUGUUCUGGGCGGAACAAGCCGUCAAGAAAAAUAAACUUCAACAAUUCGAGCAUAGAGAGGUUGAAGUUGAGGUAGGCAAGAGAAUUCAAGUUUCGGGGUUAGUAUUUCAUACUCGUUCUGCCCAAUUCCGUACCUCAAUUAAGAAAAAGAAAUUGAGGUAG